AUCGGCCAGUGAGGAGAGGCAACAGGAACCCAGGAAGGCACCAAUCCAGGAGCUCCUAGGAGCCAAAACAUUUCUCUGAGUGUCGGAGAUCCUGCCAUUCAACAGCCAGGAUGGCUCGGGAUAUGUCAGAUAAGGAAAUCCUAAAAAUGGAGCUGGAACAGUUGAAGAAGGAAGUCAGCACACCUAGAACACCAGUGAGUGCAAACUGUGCAGAAACAAUUGCUUUUGUUGAAGGACAGAUGCCAAAUGAUCCGCUGAUUAAAGGCGUUCCAGACGACAAGAACCCUUACAAGGGAGACAAAGGAGGCUGCGUCGUAACAUAGCACACAGGCAUCUGAGGAGGAAUUCACAUUUCUGUCAGAGUUGGUUUCUUUGUAGUGAUUUUUCUGAUUUAAAUGUAUAAAUGAAUGAAACAGAGGACGG